CUUCCCCAUUCCCGAGGAAGCUCACAUGGACAGAGCCGAAUAAUCAGAAAGGCUUAUUCAGAGGAGUUCUACACAAGGAUGAUGAAGGAAUGUUACCAGACAUGGGCCCGGCUGGAGCAUGAAGCUGGAACCCAAUUGCACAGGCAGACUGAGCUCUUGUUUCUGGGAACAAAGGAAAAUCCAGGAUUAAAGACAAUCCAGGCCACUCUGUCUAGGCAGGGGAUUGACCAUGAGUGUCUUUCCUCAGUGGAUUUAAAGCAACGCUUUCCCAACCUUCGGUUCACCGGGGGAGAAGUGGGGCUCUUGGACAAGACUGGAGGUGUCCUCUAUGCAGACAAGGCCCUCAGAGCCCUCCAGCAUGUAAUUUGCCAGCUAGGAGGCAUGGUGUGUGAUGGAGAGAAGGUAGUGGAGAUAAGACCUGGUCUGCCUGUCACAGUGAAAACCACCUCGAAGAGCUACCAAGCCAACAGCUUGGUCAUCACUGCUGGUCCCUGGACCAACCGGGUUCUUCGUCCUCUGGGGAUUGAGUUGCCUCUCCAGACCCUUAGGAUCAAUGUGUGUUACUGGAGAGAGAAAGUCCCUGGGAGCUAUAGUGUAUCACAAGCCUUCCCAUGCAUCCUGGGUCUGGAUCUGGCCCCUCACCACAUCUACGGACUGCCAGCAUCAGAGUACCCGGGGCUGAUGAAGAUCUGCUAUCACCAUGGUGACAAUGUGGACCCAGAGGAGCGGGACUGCCCCAAAACCUUCUCAGACAUCCAAGAUGUUCAGAUUCUAUGCCGCUUUGUCAGAGAUCAUUUACCAGGCCUGCGGCCGGAGCCAGACAUCAUGGAACGCUGCAUGUACACGAAUACUCCCGAUGAGCACUUCAUUCUUGAUUGCCACCCAAAGUAUGACAACAUUGUCAUCGGCGCUGGAUUCUCUGGACAUGGAUUCAAGCUGGCCCCUGUUGUGGGGAAGAUCCUCUAUGAGCUGAGCAUGAAACUACCACCAUCCUAUGACCUGGCUCCAUUUCGAAUAAGCCGCUUCUCUGUCCUGAGCAAAGCCCAUCUUUGACCCCCGCUGGCUUCUAGGGGCAGGAUGUGGCCCUGACGAGUUUCUUUUCCUCCCGCUUCAAUGGAAUCUCCCAUAAACACCAAAUGAUUGAACCUCUUUCCCCAAUCAGCCUCCCAAGUCCAUCUCAUUUCUCCUUCCCAGAAAGUCAGCAAGAUUCACCAUCACAGAAUAGCAAGGAGCUUUAAGAUGGAUGUCUCAGUGGGGAGGCGCUGGAGAUGGCUCAGUAGAGACUAAGGGGCUCCUCUAAAUUUCUCUUUGCUGGGACAUUGGAUGAACUUGAGAUUGCUUUUGACUAAAUCUGCUCAGGGGAACGUAAAACAGAUUAUAUUUUAUAAAUCACUAAUGCUUUGGGGGUUUCUUUGCUAAAAACUUAAGCUAGCCUCCAUCACCAA